CUAAGAUAGACUUGGGGUGGCGUCCCAUGGAGAUCAUUCUGAUAGAAGUCUUAAAAAAAUUCCGUCGAAACGGUUUUGGCGAUCCGCUGAUUCCGCUUCCGCGUAUUCCGCUCCAUGGGACGUCGGCCUUAAGCGUUUACGGAUCGUUUUCUGCCAUGAGCCUAAGGCCGCCGCUGCUCCGGCAUGUUCAUUUCGUGUACGAUACGUCACAUUUCUGCGAGCUCGUAAAUAAAUAACCGAUCGGGAUACCGUCACUCCGUCGCUGUCAAUAUUUGAUCGACUCUCGUGCGACGGCACGCCGCUGCGGGCAUGUCGUAUUUCGCGACUCGCGACUGAAUUUGUGGACUUAUCGAGCUUUCUCCUCCGAAAAUAGAUAGAGAUCCCGACCUUCUAGGUCAAGCAUCGUGCGCCGUUUAAAUUAUUCUCCUCGUCAAACGUUCGCGACGGCCGUUCGCAAAGGAAUGUGUUUCGCACACCCACCGCGUUUCACGUUAUAAGUGGCUUUCACGUAAAGGGUCUGGAAAUUGAGCCGCUUUGUGCAGCGUCUAAUGCCGCGCUAAUUCGUUUCCAGCUAGAAAAUUUAAUUGGUGCUCGAGGAUAUUUUUAGCCGCGCGUUAGCUCCCGCUGGCUCGAAUUUAUUACAAAUCUCCGGACGUACGGCGAUUAAAAUCCCGGUAUCGGGAGAAAUUAUUCAUCCCCGAGUUCUCUUGGACGCGAUAAAAGCAUUUUGAAGCGAGCCUCGAAGACCCCUUUCAAUCGCUAUGCAGAUAUAAGUGCCACGCAGCGGCGGCACGUGUAGGAGCACUAAUAAUUCAUCGACGGUAUAAUCGUUGGAACGUUCUUAUCAGAUCUAGACCAGCAGGGCUUGGGAAUAAUGGCCGUGAUUCGCGAGUGGACGGGCGACGACGCGCCGAGGUGCGCGGCCGCCGCCGAGGAUCUCAAGACCCGCAUCCGGGCCGUCUUGCCCCACGAAAAUGUUGUAAAUUUUCACGUGGAGCACCGUGACGGCGGUAUCGAUGCCGACUGUGACGCGCACGACGAGUAUCUAGGUAGACUCCGGCAGCUGAUACUGGACAGGCUCCAGCAGCUGGUGAACGCGUCCGUCGAAGCUGACCCGGAGAUCAAGAGUCGCAAGAAAAUGGUUCAGGAGGUCUACGCCGAGAGUAUGGCGCACUUCGCUCUUCUUCGAGAAAUUCCGCUGGCCGACGCGGGCGACGAGACCGUGGAGCGAGUUAAACAGCUUAUCCUUGCAGGCAAGGAGCACAAGCACGGGCCGAUUCUAAUCUACGGGCCGAAAUCCUCUGGAAAAUCGUCUGUCCUUGCGCGCGUCUACCGGGACUCGCCGGACUGGCUCUCGACGCCGACGCUCCGUGUCGUCCGACUGUGCACCUCGACACCUCGGUCCGCCUAUAGCCUGGAGCUGCUCCGCAUCCUCUGCCAGCACGUCGGCUUUCUUUGCGGGGACAACGACGGUAAUCUGCCGCGAGACGCCUCCUUCGACCCACUCUACCUCAACAAUUGGUUCAGUCUCAUUAUACGCCGCUUGGAGGAACAUCCCCUUCCGGACCAAUUAAUUAUUCUCCUCGACGACCUCCAUCGCUUUCAUCCGCUCGAGUGCGACAUCGUCGCCGCCCUGUCCUGGCUACCGCUCACUCUCCCUCCGGGUGUUCACUUUGUCGUCACUUCCGCGCUCCCGCCCGAGGGAAUGCGCCUCACGCCGCUUCAAAAGGACCGUCUACGUAGCCCCGACAUUCUUGUUGAUCUUUCCGGGCGGGUGUGCGCGACGCCAGGCGUCGAUGAGGUUCUCGAGCGUUUGGAGGACCUCGUCGGACUCGGCGCGGCUAAUCGGAUCGCCUCGAUUCUCGCCUGCACCGAGUACGGCUUGUCGGAGACAGAAAUACUCGAAUUGAUUAUGCCUACCGGAGGAGAAGGACCUUUGCUCUUGGACGAAAGUCAAUUUAACUUUGCGACUUGGUGCUUAGUCAGGAGGACGUUUGCGCCGUGGCUCAAAGUACGAGUGAUGAGCGGUCGAUUAAUGUUUUCCUGGCGCGGCCAGUGUCGCGAGGUCGCACUCAGAAAGUAUCUCUCCAAUCAAGACGUUUCUCGCGGUUACCACGCGGAGUUGGCCGGUCUCUUCUUCUCCGAGGAGGUCGACGACAGUUCCGACAAAUCACCGGAGAAUCCAGCCUCUUCGCCACCCGUCAAGGAAACGCCGUUUCAAAGCACGCCGCAAACGCAGGAUGUCACGUACACACUUCGUCACGUUGAAGAAGCCUGGCUGCACCUUCUGCGCGCCUCCGACGUUGACAAGCUGAAGAAACUCGCCGUCUGCGCGUUCGACUUUCUUCUCGCGAGUGCCCAGAUGAUCUCCGUGAGCUAUCUGCGAUGCGUCCUCGAACACGCCAGGCGAUAUCUCCUCGAGCGCGACUUGGAGCUCGUGUAUUACGCCGUGAGAAAAUCCAGCGACGUCCUCACCAGAGAUCCUCUUCAGCUCGCUGCGCAGCUUAUCUGCUGGUUAAGGCCGGUUGCCGAAGACGGCGGUGAUCUUGUCAGUAGAAUGGUCUUAGCAGCUAUGGCUUGGUGCGACGGUUACACCGCGCCUUUGCUCGUGCCCUUGAACGGAUGGCUACAACCGCCUCUGCCACUGCAGAUCCGGGCGAUUACGUGUCCUCAGGGAGUUAAAUUGAUCGAAGCGGCACCGUCCGGCCAGCAUGUAGUUGUCGUGCCACCGCAGGGGGAUGCUCAGUUAUGGCACGUGAUGUCCGGUCAGCUCGUUCAUACGUUCAAAGGACACUCCAGCCCAAUCUCGUGUUUAGCCAUCACCCAUCAGUCGCAGUAUUUGCUGACCGGCUCCGAGGACACCUCCAUUAUCGUCUGGGACAUGAAGGAUCUCGUUAUGAAGCGCCGAAUUUGCGAGCAUAUCGCACCGAUCCUCACUUUAACUACGGCGCUUAACAACUCCGUUAUCGUGAGCGGUGGUGAAGAUUCGAGAAUUAUCGCUACGAGCUUGCUCACUGGCGAAGUCCUGAUGAAGGUCGAUCAUCAUCGAGGCCCCGUCACCACUAUUCGAGUCGAUUCCGCUGGAGAAGUCUUGGUUUCUGGCUCAGUCGACGGAACUGUGUGUCUUUGGUCCCUGGAAAGCUUCAGUCUUCUCAACAGUAUUGCUCUACCUUCUCCGGUGAUCAUGUUAGAUGUGUCCGCGGACUCAGUUUUUCUUCUAGCCGCUUGCGAAGAUCAGAAGCUCUAUCUAAGAUCUUUGGCAACGGGCACGGAUAUCCACACGCUCAGGGGACAUCAAGGGCCAGUUAAGAGUCUCUGUCUGGCGAAAGAUUGUAGAAGAGCUAUCGCCGGCGGUGUUGAAGGCAGAGUAUCCGUGUUUGAUAUGCACAGUGGAAAGUUGAUCAGGACCUUGCCCGCUAAUCCAUCGGCAAACGUUACUUCGGUCAAGGUAACCGAGAAAGAUGAUUUUCUGAUAACCGGUGGAGGAGGUCGCGUGACUUACUGGAGUUUCCGCGGUGAGGAACCACCGCCGAAACCGCAGAAACCCGGGAAACAGGAUUCUCUGCAGCCACAUACCGCACCGAUAUCCUGCUUGGACAUCUCCAGGGAUGGCGCCAUGGCGGUCACCGGUGGUGUCGAUUCCUUAGUCAAUUUAUGGCAGCUCAACACUCACGAAUUGUUAUCCACCUUGGAAGGACAUAUAGCUAGCAUCACCUGCAUUGCAUUUUCCGCAUCAGGACUCUUUGUCGCAUCUGGAUCCGAGGAUAAGACAGUACGCGUGUGGGGUUUAACCCUGGGACUUGUCGUGGCUACAUUCAGGCAUCAGGCACCGGUAACUGCCGUUACGGCUAUGCUGGAUGGGAGAAGAGUGGUCAGCUCAGAUCGUGCCGGCUCUAUCAGGGUCUGGGCAGCAGACAGUGGUACAUUGAUUCAGUCCGUUUGCGGACCUGGACGAUGUUUCGCUGUUGCGUCCGAUAUGAGAUAUGCGGUAUGCGGAUCUAGCGAUAACCAGGUGCGCAUAAUUAGCCUAGGCGCCGGUCCCGAGGAGAAGCAUCAGGUGUCGCACUCGCAGGAUAUCACGUGCCUGGUAGCAACGCCGCAUUCUCAGUACCUGAUCACCGGUUCCCGCGAUAUGAGCCUGAAAGUCUGGCAACUGGCCGGCGGUAAACUCUCCCAAGUAUUGGUUGGUCAUACCGAUCAUGUGACUUGCGUAGCAGUCGCAGUGCUCGACAAGUCCAUAGUGGUUUCCGGGUCCAGGGACGCCAAUUUGAUCGUCUGGGAUAUCAACACCGGCGCCGACUUGCAUACUCUCGUCGGCCAUCUGGGCUACGUGACCUGCGUGCGUCUCUCCGGCGACGGUACUCUGGCCGUUUCCGGGAGCGAGGACAAGAGCCUUAUCGUCUGGGAUACGAAAAAGGGCACCCCGCUCAGCUCCAUUAUGCUACACGUACCGGUUUUAGGAAUUGAAAUGUCUACCGAUUGCUCCAGGAUGGCGGUACAUUUGCUGGAGCACAAGUGCAUGCCUAUUUUAUGUCUGCAUAAUACUCCCGCGCAAUACGUCAAAUUGCCGUCAUAUGUGGCGCCGCGGGAUCUGAGACCACCAGGACCAAAGCGACCCGCCAAGAGGUUGUUGAAGAAAGAGGUGUCUUUAGAUACUUAUACCUGGCAGCGAAAGUAUGGACAUCUUACAUCAGGUAUCAUAGUCUCGAGUAUCGAGGAACGAUUGAAGCGUCGUUUUAGCGUGAGCGCGUCGAUGGAGGAGAUCAGCCAAGCAGGUCUAGCCGGCUCUCAACCUGGCCUAGGUCCUGAGCAGGCCGCUUUAGCACAAUCUCAACAUUUUGAUCAACUGGAGGCACUUUGGAACAAGCAGUCGCCGCCGCCAAGACCACGUGGCCUAGUCCGGACAUUAACGAAACAAAGCUCACUUCAGGCUACCCGAAUCUCCGACUCUGAAGAAGAAGAUACACCGGAAUAAUGGCAGAAUAUUUUCUAUCGACAACCUUCGGUUGAUUGUCGAGUAUAUUUAAGCUACAAAAUGUCCUUCCGUGUCAUUCGAUGCAAUAAAUAAAGAUAUACCAGAGGUAAUAGACUAGAA